GCCGCAGUGACAGUGCUGGGGGAGUCCGAAGAUGGCGGCGUCGCGUCGCUCUCAGCAUCAUCACCACCAUCAUCAACAACAGCUCCAGCCCGCCCCAGGGGCUUCGGCUCCGCCGCCGCCACCUCCCCCACCCCUUAGUCCUGGUUUGGCCCCGGGGACCACCCCAGCUUCCCCCACGACUGGGGGCCUGGCCACUUUCGCCUCCCCGAGGCACGGCCUAGCGCUGCCGGAGGGGGAUGGCAGUCGGGAUCCGCCCGACAGGCCUCGAUCCCCGGACCCGGUUGACAGUACCAGCUGUUGCAGUGCCACCAGCUCAGUUUGUACGGUAGCUGCCAGUACGGCGGUCCCAGCGGCUUCCGCUUCAGCUGCCGUUGGGGUCGCUCUCAACUCAGCAGGCGGGGGCAGUAACAAUUCACCGUCGUCCUCUUCUUCCCCGACCUCUUCCUCAUCUUCCUCUCCAUCCUCCCCUGGAUCGAGCUUGGCUGAGAGCCCCGAGGCGGCGGGGGUUAGCACCACAGCAACAUUGGGGCCUGGGGCAGCGAUACCUGGGGCAGGGGUCCCAGCUGUGAGCGGGGCCCUACGCGAACUCCUGGAGGCCUGUCGCAAUGGGGACGUGUCCCGGGUAAAGAGGCUGGUGGACGCUGCAAACGUAAAUGCAAAGGACAUGGCUGGCCGGAAGUCUUCUCCCCUGCACUUCGCAGCAGGCUUUGGAAGGAAGGAUGUGGUAGAGCACUUACUGCAGAUGGGUGCUAAUGUGCAUGCUCGUGAUGAUGGAGGCCUCAUUCCACUUCACAACGCCUGUUCUUUUGGCCAUGCUGAGGUUGUGAGUCUAUUACUCUGCCAAGGAGCUGAUCCGAAUGCCAGGGAUAACUGGAAUUAUACGCCUCUGCAUGAAGCUGCAAUUAAAGGAAAAAUUGACGUCUGUAUCGUGCUGCUGCAGCACGGAGCUGAUCCAAAUAUUCGGAACACUGAUGGGAAAUCAGCCCUGGACCUGGCAGAUCCUUCAGCAAAAGCUGUCCUUACCGGUGAAUACAAGAAAGAUGAACUCCUAGAAGCUGCUAGGAGUGGUAAUGAGGAAAAACUAAUGGCUUUACUGACUCCUCUAAAUGUGAAUUGCCAUGCAAGUGAUGGACGAAAGUCUACUCCUUUACAUCUGGCAGCAGGCUACAACCGAGUUCGGAUAGUUCAACUGCUUCUUCAGCAUGGUGCAGACGUUCAUGCAAAAGACAAAGGUGGACUGGUGCCUCUUCAUAAUGCAUGCUCAUAUGGACAUUAUGAAGUCACAGAACUGCUACUAAAGCAUGGAGCUUGUGUUAAUGCUAUGGAUCUCUGGCAGUUCACUCCACUCCAUGAGGCUGCUUCCAAAAAUCGUGUAGAAGUCUGCUCCUUGUUACUCAGCCAUGGUGCUGACCCCACACUCGUCAACUGCCAUGGCAAAAGUGCUGUGGAUAUGGCUCCAACUCCUGAGCUCCGGGAGAGACUCACAUAUGAAUUUAAAGGUCAUUCUUUACUACAAGCAGCAAGAGAGGCAGACCUAGCUAAAGUUAAAAAAACACUUGCUUUGGAAAUCAUUAAUUUUAAACAACCACAGUCUCAUGAAACAGCACUGCACUGUGCUGUGGCCUCCUUACACCCCAAACGAAAACAAGUGACCGAAUUAUUACUUAGAAAAGGAGCGAAUGUCAAUGAAAAAAAUAAAGAUUUCAUGACACCUCUGCACGUUGCAGCCGAGAGAGCUCACAACGAUGUCAUGGAAGUUCUGCAUAAGCACGGAGCAAAGAUGAAUGCACUGGACACCCUUGGUCAGACGGCUUUGCAUCGAGCUGCCCUCGCAGGUCACUUGCAGACUUGCCGCCUUCUGCUGAGUUAUGGUUCUGAUCCCUCUAUCAUCUCCUUACAAGGCUUUACUGCAGCACAAAUGGGAAACGAAGCAGUACAGCAGAUUCUGAGUGAGAGCACACCUAUACGUACUUCUGAUGUUGAUUAUCGACUCUUAGAGGCAUCGAAAGCUGGUGACUUGGAAACUGUGAAGCAACUUUGCAGCCCCCAGAAUGUGAAUUGUAGAGAUCUAGAAGGCCGGCAUUCUACACCCUUGCACUUCGCGGCAGGCUACAACCGUGUGUCUGUCGUGGAGUACCUUCUGCACCACGGCGCUGACGUCCAUGCCAAAGACAAAGGUGGCCUGGUGCCCCUUCAUAAUGCCUGUUCCUAUGGACACUAUGAGGUAGCUGAGCUUUUAGUGAGGCACGGAGCUUCUGUUAAUGUGGCGGACUUAUGGAAAUUUACCCCUCUACAUGAAGCAGCAGCUAAAGGAAAAUACGAAAUCUGCAAGCUCCUUUUAAAACAUGGAGCAGAUCCAACCAAAAAGAACAGAGAUGGAAACACGCCUCUAGAUUUGGUCAAAGAAGGGGACACAGACAUUCAGGACCUAUUGAGGGGGGAUGCUGCCUUGUUGGAUGCCGCCAAGAAGGGCUGCCUGGCGAGAGUGCAGAAGCUUUGCACCCCAGAGAAUAUCAACUGCAGAGACACCCAGGGCAGAAAUUCAACUCCGCUGCACCUGGCUGCAGGCUACAAUAACCUGGAAGUAGCAGAAUAUCUUCUGGAGCAUGGAGCAGAUGUUAAUGCUCAGGACAAGGGCGGUUUAAUUCCUCUUCAUAAUGCAGCAUCUUACGGGCAUGUGGACAUAGCAGCGCUACUGAUAAAAUACAACACUUGUGUAAACGCAACAGAUAAGUGGGCGUUUACACCUCUCCAUGAAGCAGCUCAGAAAGGAAGGACUCAGCUGUGUGCCUUACUCCUGGCACAUGGUGCUGAUCCAACUAUGAAGAACCAAGAAGGUCAGACACCUUUAGACUUGGCAACAGCUGACGAUAUCAGAGCUUUGCUGAUAGAUGCCAUGCCCCCGGAAGCUUUACCUACCUGUUUUAAACCUCAGGCGACUGUAGUGAGUGCUUCUCUGAUCUCACCAGCAUCCACCCCCUCCUGCUUGUCUGCAGCCAGCAGCAUAGACAACCUCACUGGCCCUCUAGCAGAGUUGGCAGUAGGAGGAGCCACCAAUGCAGGAGACGGUGCAGCUGGUACGGAAAGGAAGGAAGGAGAAGUUGCGGGCCUUGACAUGAAUAUCAGCCAGUUCCUAAAAAGCCUUGGCCUUGAACAUCUUCGAGAUAUCUUUGAAACAGAACAGAUUACACUAGAUGUGUUGGCUGACAUGGGUCAUGAAGAACUGAAAGAAAUAGGUAUCAAUGCAUAUGGACACCGCCACAAAUUAAUCAAAGGAGUAGAAAGACUUUUAGGUGGACAGCAAGGAACCAAUCCUUAUUUGACUUUUCACUGUGUAAAUCAGGGAACUAUAUUGCUAGAUCUUGCUCCAGAAGAUAAAGAAUAUCAGUCAGUGGAAGAAGAGAUGCAGAGUACUAUACGGGAACACAGAGAUGGUGGUAAUGCUGGUGGCAUAUUCAACAGAUACAAUGUCAUUCGAAUUCAAAAAGUCGUUAACAAGAAGUUGAGAGAGCGAUUCUGUCACCGACAAAAGGAAGUGUCUGAAGAGAAUCACAACCAUCACAAUGAGCGCAUGUUAUUUCAUGGUUCUCCUUUCAUUAAUGCCAUUAUUCAUAAAGGAUUUGAUGAACGACAUGCAUACAUAGGAGGAAUGUUUGGAGCUGGGAUUUACUUUGCUGAAAAUUCCUCAAAAAGCAACCAGUAUGUUUACGGGAUUGGAGGAGGAACAGGCUGCCCCACACACAAAGACAGGUCUUGUUAUGUAUGCCACAGACAAAUGCUUUUCUGUAGAGUGACCCUUGGAAAAUCCUUUCUGCAAUUCAGCACCAUGAAAAUGGCCCAUGCCCCACCAGGACAUCACUCGGUUAUUGGUAGACCAAGUGUCAAUGGGCUGGCGUAUGCUGAAUAUGUCAUCUACAGAGGAGAACAGGCAUACCCAGAGUAUCUCAUCACGUACCAGAUCAUGAAGCCAGAAGCUCCUUCACAGACCUCAACAGCUGCGGAGCAAAAGACCUAGUGAAUGCCCACUGGUAAAGGCCACAUCAGAUCCAAAACAGGACUGGAUUGCGUGGAUCAUUUCCAACAAAAAUCAAUAUUCUUAAAUCCCUGACAGCCUAGAAAUAAGCUGUUUGUCUUUUAUAAAGCAUUGCUAUAGUGAUGAAUAUAGUAUGAGUAACUGAUACAUACUCAACUACUACUGUUCCCUUUGAGGAAAUGUUUACAGGGGUGGCCUUUUAACAUAUCUCAGGCUCAUUUUCAUCACAGUUACCCAUUUCUAAAGCAAGAUUGUUUUGAUCUAGACUUAGAAAUGGGAGAAUAGGAAACAUAACCAAUACUGUUUCAGAUGUUCACAGUUCACACACUACAUUUGUUUUAUUAAAUGUGGCACAUGUAUAUAGCAAAUAUAUACAAAUGCAGACUCACUUUUAAUUUUUUCCCAAACAUGCAUCAUUGGGGCUUUUCAGAGGUUUUUGUUUUUGUUUUCUUUUUUAAUUUUUACUUUGAAAAUGAGCCAGAACCUUCCUGAGGAUAUUUUGCACAAAGUCACACUGACUAAAAUCAUUAACAAUGCAACCCUAGCUUCUGGCUGAGCAAGAUUCUCUUUCUACUUUUUUGUUUGAUUUUAUCUCCAUGCUUCUUGUUAUCAUAAAUUGAGAAAAGGAAAAACAACAAGUUUUAGUUUCCUUUUAUGAAUUGGCCCAUUUUUCAAGGGAAGGCACAAGCACCAACCUGACUUAGGAGCUCCAAGGUGAGAGGAUUCGAAGCUGGGGGCAGCUGCGUGCUCUUUCCAAGACGUCCUGAGCAGGGCGCUCGGCUCAGUGCUGGAAAUCACAGGAGAGCGCAGCCAGCAGAGAGCAGAGUGAGACAGCCGUGACCUGCUCCAGACAGAGCUGCUACCAGGGAUCAGCCCAUCGAAGGAGCAGCAUUGAGAAGGGCCAGGAGCAUGUGGCGCUGUGUGACUGCAGCCCGAAGAGGCGGGGACUCCCCAGAGAACGAAGAUGUCCUGUCCCUCAAUCCCUGCCACCAGAGCUGUCACCCCCAGAUUAGCUGCCUUAUUUCCAAAGUCAAUGGAAUCAUUGUACAUCAUCAGAGUCCCCAGAAUAUGAUUUUAUUGACUCUUUAGUUUAGGAAGCUAGCAUUCAAAUCCCGUGUAAUAGAUAGAUGUACACAAAUGCAAGACCUUUUUAAAUUCACAUUUGAGAUUGUUUUGAAUGGCAUGUUUCAAAUAGUUUAUAAAAAUCCCUGCACUAAACUUUUGAACCACUUCAAACUUCUUAAUAUAUUUAGACAAGGAAAACAAAAAUUGAAACCAAAGUCCUUUCAGUUAUUUUUCUAAAUGAAGAUGAUAGAGAAAUGCCAUACUGGAUUUCUUGUGUGUGAAAGUACUGCUUGUUUUAACCAGCAUUUGCCAAGUGCACCUGACACUUCAAAAGAAGUUGUCUGCCACAGUUCUUUCACUUGCCCUGUUCACCUUAACUGAAUUUUGAAUUAAGUAUGUUACUGUACUUACUUGACACACUGUCCAUUUCCUCAGCCUUGGAGCAAAAGCAAUACAAACAUGGUAAGAAAACAGUGUGAUCCCCAGUUUGCAUUUCAGUUAAAGUCCUGGAAACUAAUUGAAGUUUUUAAUGCAGACCAAAUAAGCUGGGACCUCCUCUAAUUUCCAGAAAUGAAACAAAGUAGUUCCUUGCAGAAGUACAGAAAUAGACUGUCAAAUGCAUCUCUCUCUCUCUCUCUCUCCCUCUCCCUCUCCGUCUCUCUCUCUCUCUCUCUCUCUCUCUCUCUCUCACCUUAAGUUCAGUGCUCGUGCUAGGGUUACACUAGUUUGUUUGAAUUCUGUAGCUGAAUCAUGCAUGGGCCCUCAAAACUAAAUCAAGAAUCAGCCUCAGUUGUUGCAUCGGUUGAAGUUUCAGUGACCCAAGCUGGAUGUUUAUGUCUUGGUUGUGUGUUUAACAGCACUAGAAGUCCAUAUAACACUUCAAAAUCUGAUUUGUUGAGGGCCCCCCCCACUUUUUCUUUUUUGCUGUGUGUGACAAAGACAUUGCAAUCUUUGUAGCUUUCAGUAGCUGUGAAGUGUGUAUUACUUUGCCCCCACCUCCACAUAGUUUAAAGUGGUAAACAACAGCUAUAAUUUUUAGUUAAGAGUUAAUAUGGAAUAGAUGUGGAAAGCUUUAUAGCUUCAUUAAAAAGGUAAACCACUACCAGACUAUAGUUGUACGUUGUGUCGUUUCCAUCAUACUAACUAGAUUAAUGGAUGUGCUAGUGUUAAACUUGGGCCUUACACUUGAAAAGGUAAACUGUGGUUCAUUAUUUAAACUACCAAUGUUACAUGUCUGCUGUUCUGUGUGCCAAGUGAAGGUACUGUCUGUACAUGGGAAACGUUUGCAGUGCUUCUGGUCUUGUAAUGAUUUGACUAUGUUGUAGUUCUUGAGAGACUGUGUAUAUAUCAUUUGCUAAAGAGAAGGAGUUAAUGGAUAUAUCACAGGAGCCAGAAUCAUUUUUUUCAGAACUUGAAAAUCAAGUCAUCAUGAGUAUACUCACCAAAAGUUAGCAAAAGUUAAUUACAUCUGGAAUUUCCAUCUAUACCAAUGUGAAGAACCUUAUAGAAUAUUAAAUCAUGGCAUUAAAUUAGGCUGAAAUCUAUUUCUUGAAUGCACACUAUAUAGCAACACUAGUAAGUGUGGGAGUCCCCUGAACUGACUGACCCCUCUGCUUCCCAGACCACAUGGGAGAGAAACCAGGCAUCUCUACAGCUUUCCCUCUAAAUCAGAAGGUUCGCCUGUAGCCAACUGGGAACUUAACUCAGGCAUAACCUAAGUGCUCUGGACACUUUUCUCCUUGUGUUGGACCUCCGCUUUUCCCAGGUUGCUAGUCUGGAAUAAAAAUAGCUUGAACAGUGACCUUGACCCCACCAUUUUCCUCCUUUCUUUAUUGUGAGUCUUCCUAAAAGAAUCUAGAUACCUUUCCAUUUUCAUACCAUAGCCAGAACUGGAUUCAGGCCUCAUCGGUUCUCUGCUCAGAAGAUUCUGCUACUUGGUUAACAGAAUGACAGCAUGGAACCUAGAGUUUUGAUUCUAUGCAAAGUCAUAGCAGCACACCAGGAUUCUUUCUUACUUUUCUUUCUUGGAGUUUAGAAUGUCCAGCUUUUCAAGCAACAUAAGUAGAAUAAACAAUAUUUGGAUAUUUAAUGGAAUAGUCUCUUUGUACUCCUUUGAGCUGAUGAUAGAAAAUAGCAGAGUACAUUGAAAUAUGCACAAAAUGCCUGAAGAUGGCAAGCAAGUUCAUGUAGAUUCACAUUCUGUUAUCACAGGAAUUAUACAAGAAGUAAAAUUUUUGUUGAUGCUGGAAAACAGCAUUCAAAUGCAAUAAGUUGUCUAGGUUUUCUCCAUUUCAGUACAUUUCCUAGUGGUAUGAAGCAUUACUGGACUCUGCUUCCCCGCUUUUUGGAAACAAGCGCACUCCCUGAAUUCCUGUAAACAGCCUCACAAACAGAAAUGGUGCCCGUUUUUAAGCACCUUUCCUUAGCACAUCCUAUCCUGUUUGUGAGAUGUCUGUGACAUACAGCCUUCUUGCUAUGAUUUCUGUGAGGCUAAUUGUCUUGUACAGAGCUAUAGACUUAGUCAUUCAGCAGAUAUUCACAAUUGACAUUAGGGCUUCAUAUACCUGAAAUUCAUUUAAAGACUGAAGUUAAGUUUGUUAAUGUCAAAUAAAUGACAGAGAAGUGAAAGUAACAUUUGAGCUAUUGUUAGACACAUCUAGCAAAUUAAAAGGAAAUGCAUUCAAAACAUACCACCUGGAAACUUUUUUUAGGUUACUUGUGCAUUCUGCAAUUAGUAGACAAUUAAAAUGUUUUAGCUUAAGAAAGCCUUAAUUAUGGCAGAAAGUUUUUAACCUUUUACAUUCUAAUAAAUAAAACAUUGCAAUUCUGUUUCUUGGUGUUUGGAAACUGUCAGUGAGUUGGCGUAUCUCCCGGAUUUUCAUACUUCUUGAGCUUGUAUUAUGGGGGUACAUUUCAUGAGCUACACUCCUUCACUUACAACACAGCUGAUGUAAUCCAUCCAUUAAUUUCUCCAUACUCGAAAUCCUCAGCAACCAGAUUUUUGGUUGGGAAAAUUGUUUAGAACGAUCUCAAAGCCUACAAAGUUGCGUGUAUGUGUGGGUACAGUAUCAACUGUGAUACUGUGUAGAAUUUGAGUGAUAAGCAAACUGUGUUUAACUUUUAAAUUAUAUGCUAAGAGAUACUAACGUGAGAAUCUGUAGGGAGCUAAGGACUCUAUACACUCUAAGGCCAGUGCAGUCAUGCUGUGACCAGCUUCACAUUUCUCUCCUCAUUCUGCCCCCCGCCCCCCCCACCCCACCCCCGUCAUACUCGCCUUGUGGAGGCCUCGCAUCUCCACCCCUCACACUUUCCCAUCUUUCUCCUGCUUUACCCUGCUCAUUUCCACACUCACAUAGCACCAUCCCUUUCAAAGAAUUUUCUCUCACCCUUCAAAAUUCAGAUGGUUUUAUUUUUCAUCUGUCUGCCCGUCUCUGUAGGCAGCCCUUAUGCCCUUUGUCAGUUGGGAAAAGCUGUAAACCCUGGUAGUAGGAACGUCCCACACACACCCUCCUGCCUCACCCACACUUCGGGAGGAAGAACUACAAAACCCCAUGGUGAAAGCUGAAAAGCAGCCAGCACAUUUGAGGCCGAUACCUUAGACCUGUGAGGUGACCUUGACCAUAUAAUAAUUGUACCGUUACAUAAAACAGACUCUUCGUGUAUGUAUAAUUACUGCUUCUCCCAUUGUUUUUCGCUCAUCCUAUCUUUGUGGUAGUGUUUGUGUUUGAUACCUACAAAACUAAAGAGGUACUUCAAUGAACAAAGUUUCUCAAAACAUUUACAAAACCAGCUUUGAGGAAAUCUAGAAUGCUUUCUGGCAACAGCAUUUGAAGUAGUCAUUGUAUUUUCUUGUUGUGAUGUUAGUCUGUGUAAGUAACCAAUAUAGUGACACCCUUGGUUUGUUACUGAUUUUUUUUUAAUCCCUGUGUGACCCACCAGUGGCAGGGGGUUCCAACCUCUAUGUCUUUCUUUUUUGUAUUUGUCUAUUUGUAGGAUUGUCGGAUUAAAUACACGAUGCCCAGUUAAAUUUGAAUUUUAGACAAGCAAUUUCUCAGCUUAAGUAUGUUUCAUACAAUAGUUGCAUAUUCUUACAGUUAAAGGGUUCAUUAUUUAUCUGAAAUUAAAAUUUAACUGAGCAUCUUUUUUGUUUGUUUUUUGGGGGAUAGUUUUGUUUGGGUUUGGGUUUUUUUGCACUUUUUCUAAAUCUGGCAACUUUGCUGAUCAGGUCAUAAAAAGUCACUUCCAGCAUGUAAAUUCUUUUAGUCUUCAUUAUUUUUCACCUGGAAUGGAACAUCUUUUUUCCACUCUGCUUAUUUCCAAAAGAGGGCAUCAGUGAACUUUGACCUGCCUCCAUGGUGGGUUUCUAUUUAAAACAUCUUUGUGAUUAUAUUUAACCUGUAAUUGUGCUUUGGCUUAAUGUCUAACCUACAGUACUUGUAACUGAUUAAUACUCAAUAAAAGCAUUUUUAAAGUA